GUUGCGGCGCUGCAGCGCGAAAACCAGCUCAUGGUGACCGCCUGGUACGAUCUAUCGAGUCGCUUACAAAACAAUGGCGUCUCGCUCAAUCGACGGCGUCAGGAGCCGAAGAGCUGGAUCGGCAAGCAGCGCGCAUUGGUCGGCCCGAGCAGCGGCGGAAAUAGCAGUUCGGUAAGUCGAGCCUCCUGA